AUGGAAGCUAGUGACUAUUACAAUUUAUCACUACAUGAACUUAUUAUUUCACCUUUUGCUGUUGAUUGGUCACAAGAUAAUCAAAUUUCUGUUAUAACAGAAAAGGGGGUUCAUAUAAUUGAACUACAACCAAAUCCAUUGUGUGCCUAUCCAUCUGCAAAAUUCAAACGAUCAUUUAUUUAUGCAACAGAUUAUUUACCGAUUUGGCCUUAUCUACCAAACAUAAAUACAAUAAUAAAUGAAUUUUCGCGGAAUGACUUGUAUUCAUUUUUAUUAGACGUUACUUUGACACCAAAAAUAAAAGACAAAGUUGAUCAUAUUCCAAGAAUUGUUGAUCUAUCUUGGUCGCCAAUAAAAUUACUAUCACCAUCAAAAUGUUUGUUGGCUAUUGUUACAUCAACCGGCGCCAUAGAUAUAACUGCUAAAAUAAGAAGUAAUUGGUAUUCGAUAAUCAAUUUGUCAACUUUAUGGUUGGAAGCAGUAAAAGAUGAAUUAGAAUAUGAUUCUAAAACUUUACAAGUAAAUGCUGACGAUGUUGAUAAAUUUAAAAGUACUUUACAACGGCUUUGUGGAACAGCUCUGGCAUGGAGUCCUCUGUUUCAAGAUAAAUCAAUAUUUUAUAGCUAUUUGUUAACCGGAUAUCGAAGUAGUGAUCUAGUGAUCUGGAAAGUUAUAAAAGUACAUGAACUUGAAGUGAAAGUACUACCUACAAUAGUCUAUCGCAUGCGUUUUGACAUAAAUGUUAAAAUUACAAAACUUAUUUGGAUAAAUCUUGACAUCAAUAAAUAUUUAAUCAUCGUUGGAUUUUUCGAUGGACGUGUUUACGGUAUUCAAAUAAAUCAAACCAACGACUCAAUUAUUCAACAGUCGCUUUAUAAAUAUGAAUCAACUCCUGAUAGAAUGAGCGUCAGUUUUAUCCAGGAAUUUAAACGUACCGAAAAAGAAAUAAAUAUCGUGAUUGUUAAAAGUUAUUAUUUAAUAAUAAUAACAGUUGAUAAUGAAGGAAAACUUUUGAGACAAAAAUACAUUGAAUUUGCAGGAUUUUUAAUAUCUGGGCUGACGCUAAUUAAUAAUAACCAAUUAUUAAUAUCAACACAAGACAGCAAAAUGUAUUCAGUAACAUUAAUAACUGAGUCUGACCUAAUAACCGAAGGUAUUAACCAUGAAAUGAAAGCAUCGAAAGUAAACUUUUUAGGAUUAGCGCAUGCACCGAGUGGUGCUACGUUUGUCAAUGUCACGAGUCCUAAUGUUUUGUACGAUCAUCUGGUGAAUCGCGAGCCUAGUACUGUUUAUUUCUUCAAUUUUAAAGGCGAAGAAUGGGAUCAUUGGAAAGUUUUAAAUAAAAACGGCAUAACACUAGGCGAUCAUUGGGAUUGUUUGGAAUCAAUCAGGAUACGUGCGUCUCGUGACCCUACUCCGGAGCGAAUUCUUCCAGCAAUUCCUGAAGAUAUAGAAUCACUAAGUACUCACGGACUCCGUAUUGUUAUGUGGUUAACAUUAAUUACAGAAGUUAUGAAGAAUAAAAAGCUUAUUAAGAAAAUUGAUAAUUUUGUCGGCGAAAUAUCAGAAGCUCAACCAUUAAUAUUUGUGCAUUCGGCAACAGAAUUUAUGCUUAAAAUAGCUAAAAAGACAUCAUUAUCUAAUGAAUUAAAACUUUGCAUUCAUUUUCUGCGGCUUUAUAUGGAAGUUUUUUUGGCAGGCGAGGAUGAAAGUACAGAUCAAAAUUCGGCAGUCAGGCAAGCGACAGAUGCAUUAAGGGCAACUGCUAAAUUAGAUUUAAUUGAAGAAGAGUACUGCAAUUUAUGUGGUGAAAUGGUGACGGAUUUACCUUGGAAUAAACCAACUUGUCCUAAGGGUCAUCAAUUACCGCGUUGUGCUAUCACAUUACUACAAAUAACGUGUUUUAAAUAUCGAAACUGUCCUAAUUGUGGAAGGAUAUUUCAUCCGCUACUCGACUAUGAAUUUGAUGAUGUUAAAUGUCUUUAUUGUGAUAUACCGGCUAUAUAUGACAAUAGAAUUGUUAGUGUUGGUGAUGAAGUUGAAAAAAACUAUAAAAAUCUUUCUUUACGUCCACUAAGUGAUCUCGAAAACAGUAAGAUGCUGGAAAGUGAGAAUACAGUAACCGAAAAACGAUCUAAAAAACGUAAAACAGAUAACGGUGAUACUUUUACUCUGAUUGUCAAUAAAAACGAUGAAACUAUUACAGAAACUUGGCAAGAGUUCUAG